GAGCCGUGUGAGCCACAACAACGUUGAGCAUUUCGUAUCGCGCCGUUCAGUCGCUCCCUCGAACUACUCUGGAUACAUACUUUAAUUCCUUCCAUCAUGUAAACAAAGCGCAGAGGGUACGCGUCUCUCAUGGACGUAGAUUUGGAAAACGUCCGCAAUGUAACGCGUGGCGGAGGAUCCAGAGAUGGAGGUUCUUAAUUACACGUAAAAAAAGAGAAAAUAAAAAAAGUGACAUUACACUUUCUCGCAAGAGUAAUACAUGGUGCUGAGUGUUAAAAUGGAGGUAUUUCGUAUCCCAGAUGUGGCUUUCUGCUGGCAAGAUCAAUGAUGGUGGAAGUCCAAUUUCAAUUUACUGUUUCUGUGAACAUCAUGAUAUGAGUUACCGAGUUUAGAAGAUGUCUCAGCUCAAGGUUGAGAGACUUUUACCUUCUCCUCUCGGAACACCGUAACAUUUAUUGGAUCCCGAAGAUGUUCCUAUCCAAUUCUCAAGAUUGAUGAUCCAACUUUGAUUUUCAUAAGAAGUUCAAUUUACUAGACGUUAUGACGUUCAUCUAUCGCGUCUUGGAUUUUUUCCAAGUGGAUUUAAUUAAUUGAAUUGUUAAAUUUAACAAUUUGCAACAAUUCUCUAUUGGCAAUUAUAGCAGCUUUCAAAUGAAAAAUUCAAACUGAAAAAGAUCACUAUACUAUUCAGCCGAAGAGGUUCUCUCUGUUUAAUCGAAACGAACAAUUCGUCAAUCAUUUCUUUCACGCGACAGUUUUCAUCGCUUCGUGUACAUUCAACACUCAUAAUCGAUAAUCAAUUGUUACGAUUAUCCCCAAUAUUGCGUGAUCUUUGGAUAUAUAGCAGUUGUAGAACGCUUUGAUAAAGAAAGGGAGAGAAAGAAAGUAAUACGUCAUCCUUUUGCCUUCAAAACCAUCGAAUUGUAGUGACAUCCUUUCUGCUGGCAACAUAACGGAUGAGGGCUAUGAGGAUUCUGUUUAUACUGUGACGAGCUAAAGUACACAGUUAGCAUUCGCGAAGAUAAACUCUAUAUCUUCGAUGAUUCUGUCGACCACGUGUUUUGUGCGAUCUUUGCGAUGGUGUGCGAGUGUAACGGUGUGCAAAGUCUCGAGAUAACGAUGCUUUAAGUGUUUACGCGAAGGAGUUAUAAUAAGAAAAAUACGACAAAAUUAAUAUAUACUACGCGAUUGCAGAGUAAACGAAACUAGCUGUCAAUUCACUGACUCGCGGCUCGCGUGUUUGCUAAGCCAAACCAAAUACACUCGUUCAAUAUAACAUAAGCCCAUAAUGAAAUCAAGUAUAUAUCGCACAAUGUCUCGUUUUCUCAUGAAUGAAUUAAAGACAAGGAACUUUACUUUCUUAAUAAACAGCAGAAUGUGAUUAAAUAAUUUUGAAUAAUUAGAGGACAGUCAAUAUAAUGAUUAAAGAAAUAGUAAUAAACAAUCAAAAAGUGUCGAAUGUCUAGUCAAUGAAAAUCUCUGUUAAAUAAUGUGAAAAACAUUGUGACAUUAAUUUAGUGUGUCGAAGAAAUUGUCAAAAUUGAAAUAUUGCAAAUUGACUUUCUUACGGCAAACAGUGACUCGAUCGAGGAUCAAAGGCACCUAAGAAACUUGAAGGUUAUCGUUGUAUGAAGACACUUUAAAAUCUAUGAAAAAUAUGCUGCAUGAAAAUUCCGUUUGGAUGUCGAAAUUUGGAAAAAAUUACAACUACAAUUGUAUAAAAUAAUAAUAACAACAAAAUAUAAGAAAAAAAAUCUGCAAUUAUGAUUAUGAUCGCAAGAACUCAUAUAAGCGGACAAUCAUUAGCUCAAGAAAACUCAAGUAUACGAAAUGUCUAGAAGCUCAAGUACCAAUUUAUCCAAGUAGCUCAAUGAAACUUAUUUUCCGAGAUGUAUUUUCGCCUAAUUUUCUUAUUUUGGAUUUUAUUGAUAAGUGAAUCACACAAACACUAUAAAUAAAUCAUCUUGAUGUUACAAAUUAAGAACUUCGCGAUCUACAACAUCGCCUAGGCGAAAUCAUAACCUGACUUUCGUAAAUGGAUCGAUUGCACAUCAACCAUAAGGAAGAAGCCGAGAGAAAAAUCGUCGAAAGACGAUCGCUAGUUGAAACGUGAGAAAAACUUCAGUUCCUCAAGAUGGGUUUUAACGAGACGGAUCUGAACAACACUGUGAAUCUACCGAGCACUUUUCUUCUCGACACUGGUCAGCGAAACAUCAGCAAAAACCAUCACGAUAUCGAAUAUGUUCUCUUGUUAACUUUGAAAGCUUUCAUUAUGAUAUUCAUCAUCCUUUGUGCUCUCCUCGGCAAUUUAUUGGUCAUUGUCUCUGUCAUGAGACACCGCAAACUCCGGGUAAUUACCAAUUACUUUGUGGUUUCGCUGGCCUUGGCGGACAUGUUAGUGGCGUUGUUCGCCAUGACGUUCAACGCUUCCGUGGAACUUUUUGGACGCUGGUUAUUCGGAUAUUUCAUGUGCGAUGUGUGGAAUUCGUUGGACGUUUUCUUCAGCACCGUCAGCAUCCUUCACCUUUGCUGCAUCAGCGUCGAUAGAUAUUACGCGAUCGUCCAACCACUGGACUAUCCGUUAAUCAUGACAAACGUGAGAUUGGGAACCAUGUUGAGCGUUGUAUGGUGUUUCCCGACUGUUAUGAGCUUCCUACCGAUCUUCGCAGGAUGGUAUACCACGAACGAGCAUCUCGAGUACAGAAGAAACUAUCCGGAUAUAUGUGUGUUUCAAGUCAACAAGUUCUAUGCUGUCGUCAGUUCCUGUGUGAGCUUCUGGGUACCAGGGAUAAUCAUGAUCGCGAUGUACUACAAGAUUUAUCGCGAGGCCGAUCGUCAGGAGCGCAUGUUGUAUCGGAGCAAGGUAGCGGCCGCUCUGCUAAAUAAACAUCUGCAGAUCAAUGGGAUCUCGGCCGGUUUGACAUCUCUGCCGACCGUGGACCAAUCGUCGCCAGAGCCACAACAAGUGGCAGAAGAGCCGCCAAUAACAAGUAGCAGUAAAAUGAAAAGAGAGAGGAAGGCAGCUAGAACGCUCGGCAUCAUCAUGUCAGCGUUUCUAGCUUGUUGGUUACCUUUCUUCCUAUGGUAUAUCAUCACUGCUCUAUGCGACUCGUGCGAGAGCGGCGAAGUGGUGGUAGCGGUGGUGUUCUGGGUAGGCUAUUUCAACAGCGCUUUGAAUCCGUUGAUCUACGCUUAUUUCAAUCGCGAGUUUCGCGCAGCCUUUCGUAAAACCCUCGAAAGCUGUUGUCGUGCGAUCGGACCGGUGCGCGAUCUGCGCCAAGUGCAUCGCAAACAGGACCUCGUGCACAGCAACGCCUCGUCCGAGUUGCAUGUCAACAAUCAGUUGCGCAAUAGCGAGAUGACCAACGUCCAUAUUGAGGCGUGUAUUUAAAUGAAUCACGCGAUCCGGUGAGGUGAAAGUAACGGCGAAAUCUUCGGAGCGCCUUCUGAAUAGAAUAAAAUAGGUAAGACCGGAGCGGCAGGUAGUAUUGAUAAAUCUCAAAAAUAACAAUCACACGCAGAUAAAAAAAUUAAUUUCUU